UCAUGUAGCGGGCGAUCGCCUGGCUGCUGUAGCCGAAGUCCUUCUUGAUGCCGCCCACGCCAUGACCGCGCCGGUCGCGGCGCUCAUGAACCACGCGUCCUCACACUCGUCCUCCCUCCCUUUGCCCCUGGAGAAGGCUGCCAUCUCCAGCACCUUGGAGCAAGAGGGAGGGGGAGAGGGUCGCGUCGGGGCUGUGGCAGUGGGGCUGGCGGUUGGGGGCGUGUUGAGAGAGGUGGACGGCGACUCCCCCGCCGAUGAGGGCCGCUUGUGCUGGUCGGGGUGCUGCAGGGGGGGCAGCUGGCCGGCAGGCGUGACGACUGGCGAGAGUGGCGCUGCCGAUGCGGCCGAGACGGGCGUGGCGUCCUCCUCUGCAGGGGGCUGUUCCCCACCCCUCUCAUGCGCCUCUUCCCUCUGGUGAGCCACCAUCUGCAUGAAGGUGUCGAUCUGCCGGUCGACCACCGCCCGGUCAGCCGCCGCUAUGGGGGAUGAGUCGACAGACGGCGCGCCAUCAGGAGCACUCUCCGCCACGUCCGCACGGAUGGCGGCACUGGCGUGUGUGAGGGGCAGCACGAUCGACUCAGGGGGGGUGGAUGGAGGCAGGGGCGGGAGUGUGUCGUGCGAGCGGGAGACGGGGGAGAUGCCCUUGACCGUCUGGGGCGAGGCCGCUGGCACAGCUUGCGUUGUGUCGACCACCCUCAGCUUGCUCACAUCUGGCCUUCCCGCCGGCACGUCUUCUCUGUCUGUCGGUGCGGCGGCCUCCUCCGGUUGCUGCUGCCGCUGUUUGUCUCGCCCCUCCUUGAGUCCCUCGGUGCUCGUCGAUCGCGCAGCCCAUUUCUCGUCCUUCUCCUCAUCUGCCCUCUCCGGUGGCGGCACGGCAGCCAUCGGGGCCUCUCGACGGACAGGCGGCGAGAGUGGAGAGGACGUGAAGGCCCCCAGCCCCUCCCUAGCCACGAUGGUGUCCUCAGCGGCCUCAUCGCCCAAGUGCUCCUCCCCAUCUUGCGUCGCCGGUGCUUCAGGGCUCCCGAGAGUGCCUCUGUCUCUGUCACGGUCUCUGUACUGCUGGGCGGGCGACGGCGUGGGUGAGAGUGGAGGCGGGGGCGACGGCUCCUCCUCGCCCUCGCUCUUGUCUUCUUGCUGUGUGCUGCUGGGCGGGGUGGGCUGCGAACGGGAUGGGGCCUGGUCGGGCACCAUGUCCGGCUGAAGGUCCGCGUGGUACACUGCACGACACAAACACACGAAGGAACGAACGUGCGAACGACAUUCACACACACAUCCCGAUUGUGUGUGUGGGGUGCUGGUGUGUUUGUGUGUGCGUACCAGCUCCCCCAGCGCCGCCCUCUUCGUCGGUGUACUCGUCCCUGUCGUCGCUCUUGGGCAGCGGCACGCUGCCGGCGCUCACAGACUUCUCCGUCGCAAGAGCAGGAUACGACGGCGGGGGCGGUGUAGACACCUGCACCCACAACACACACACACCGAUGUUGCCUCGGUCACACACGCCACACGCACACAGAGAGAGACAUACGCACCUUCCUGUCGGCCUGUGUCUCGGGGUCGCUCUCGUCGAUGCGGCCACCAGGAACGGCACCAGCACUGGCCAAGAGCGGCCCGCCUCCCAUCCCGAAGCCGCUGCCCGCGAGCGCGUCUCUGAUGGGGGGGCUGCUGAUGCUGAGGCGGUGUGCGUGUGGGUUGGUGGGCGGGGCGGGGACGGGGAAUGGGGCCUUUGAGGGCGACAUGAUGCCGCCAGACUUCAUGGUGAUGGAGUCGCGCUUGCCCAUGUUGAUCUGCGGGGAGGUGGGCAUCGACUCGCUCUCGGGCAGCGACACACGGGGGUUGGCGGCUUUGUCUGAGAGACAAGGGAAGAGGGGGAACCCCGUUUCUUUGUGUGUCAAGCAAGGGUGUGUGUGCGUGAGAUGCCGCCCAUUUGCUCACUCACCGGGCGGCUGAAUGACGGUGGAGUGUGACUGCACCCCGUCUGCGCGCGGCCUGAGGUGGGUGGGGGGGAUCAUGUUGGCCGCCGUGCUGGGCGUCCCGUUGCCCUGCGAUACCGUCGGGCUCUCAGGCGUCCCGCCACCUGCACCCACACACACAGAGAGAUGUGAAACAAACCAGCUCGUCCAUGCGGUGAAUGAAUCGUGCUGGCGCACCUGAGGAGGCGCCUGGCUGCGUGGACGUCAUAGUGGUCUGCAAGGGGGCCUUCGGUGAGAGAGUCGACUCGCCCCUCUCGCGAAGGGCGCUGCCUGUGGGGGGCGGCUCGCUGCGCCACCGACUCAAAUCCUGCGAGCAGCAACACGCACACACACACACACACACACACACGACAGAGGGGUGAGGAGCCAUUAUCACAUUGAAUUCAUCGUCAUUCAUUCACAGUGAAUGAUCCAUUAUCACACUACACGGUGUGAGUGACGCGCGUGGGAAGUAGGGGGAGAGGGUGUCGGUGUGCUUACGAGUCUCAUUUGGAGUAUUUCGAGCCCGGCGGCCUGUUUGAUCUUGUCCAUGUCGCUGCCUGGCCGGGUGUCGCGGUCCAACUCGGCCUCGUCAGUCGACGAUGAGGCGCCACGCAAUGACUAAUGAAUUAUUCACACCCAUGACACACAGAGAGAGAUUUGUGUGCGUGUUGGUGUUGGUGUUGGUGUUGGUGUGCUGUGUGUGCGAAGCGAAGCGGUCGGCGUACGGGUAGUUGUGUGAGCAUGGACUUGACUGCGUCCUUCUUGUGUGCGAUGGCGUGGCGCGUUCUUG